AUGAAAUCCUUCUCUGUUGAAAGUCUGCUCGCUCCAAGCAGCAACCCUCAACCAACCGGCAGGUUUGCCAUUGCAAGCGAAUAUUCGGGUUUAUCUUCCGAUAGCCAGUUGCUUCAACGACAUGAUGUUAUUGGAUCUGGUGCAGCCACCUUUACUCACUAUUCGACUAACCAACGACACCAAUUUCACCGACAAUACCCACAUCGCCUACAGCAACAUUUUCAACCGACCUACCUUCAUUGUUUUCCUCAUCACAGCCACUUAGCACAGCAUCAGUACUACAUCUACGACGUGCACCGACAACAAACGAUUUUGGCUAUGGCAUCGGGGCAAAAUCGCCAAUCCCAUACGACCGGAUUGGACUGCAGAGGAAAGCAAGAAAGAGAUCGGCUAUCUUCACCCUCAGGAGAAAUGUCUGAAGAAAUCGACAUUCUUUCUCACUCAGACAUAGAAACCGAAGCCUCAGUGACUGACCAGAUGAACCCUGGGAAUAUACAUAAGUUCGAUGCCAAAAAUGGCUACAAUAAUGACAGUGAUAAGAAGGAAAUGGUAAAUCCGGUAGAUUUGGAAGAGAAAAAUGAUUCAUGUGGACAAAAAGAAACACAUAGAAAAGAUAAAGAUAAUGAAAAUAGCAAUAUUAAUAUUGUUUCUUCAGCUGAUGAUGAUGAUGGUGGUGGUGGUGGUGAUGAUGAUGAUGAUGAUGAUGAUGAUGAUGAUGAUGAUGAUGACGAGAAUGAAGAGACAGACCAAAAUGAAACAAAAGCAUAUAUUGAAAAUAAUGAUUCCAAGUGUGACGAUUUCAAUGAUGACAAUAGACAAGAUGGAAUGGCCAAGCGGCGUUCACCAAAAGGAGUCUGUCCAUACUUGGUCCAACCGAACUGGCUAAGCGGUGAACGUUUCAAAUUCCAGAACCCCCCAAACAGGGUGCUGUCAACACAAAACCAGACCCAAUACCAUCACCAUUACUAUCAUCAUCACCAACAACACGGUAGUUGCAAUAAUAAUUGUGACAGCGACAAGAACACUGAUCAUUUCAUUAGAGCCAGCAAUGGCUGCUUGGGUACAAACAGAAUUAAUAUUGAGGGGGACGCUGUGACAAACAAGAAUCAGGCAGGUGGAAUGAAAAUAUACCAGUUUCCAACCUCGGGUAUCAUAAAACAAGAAUGCGGUGACCAGCCAAACGAAUUGGAAGAUGCUGCAAAAUCUAAGUCGAUGAUUAUGUCUUCAGAAAGAGAAAGAGAAUUUGAAGAAGUUGGGAAAAAAGGUAAUGAAAUUUUUUUCUUGUUUCUGUUUCUUGUUUUUCGCAUCUGUUCGAUUUCUUUUGGAACGAAGGCAAUCUAG